GUGAGGUGGCAGUCUUAUUCCACAUCGACACCGACUUGCCCUGCAUGCGUCCCGUCAGUCUUUACAUCGCUGAGCUCACUUAAGGAGUGAAAGAGAAAAGAGUCAAGAUGGCAACUGGAAGUGGCUGUGGACAAUCCGGGAUCUAGUUUCUUCUGUAUUUAUUUAUUUUUUAUUUUAUUUUUAUUUUUUGUUUUCAAGGAGCGCAAGUCACUGGCCGUGCAAGGCGUGAAUAGUAAGUUUUUCUCGGGAAUUAUCUGCUAUAGAAUUAGCAACAAAGGACGGGAGCGCGCAUUCAUGGGAUGCGACUUUGACAGCUCUUCAUUUCUUGUCCUGUAACUUUAUUACCUGGCAGCGGGGGCGAGAUUGUGAUUGGAGCUUGAGAGAAUGGCUGAGGCUCAGCUCUCCGACACACUCCCGAGCCUGGAGGUGGCUAUUGACCCGGACUUUGAGCCCCAAAAGCGGCCGAGGUCUUGCACCUGGCCUCUGCCGCGACCAGACUCGAGCGCGGUGAAACCGGAGAGCAAUGACACAGAUAUUAUACCCGAAGAAGAGGAUGACGAAGAGGACAGUGCCACCGCAGCUGCCAUCAGUGUCAAUGGCUCUGGCGCGGCGGCAGAAGAUCAGAGCAGCAAUAGUCCCGUUCCCGAUGGAGCGCUCUCCUCACCCGGCCAAGAGAGCGGUGGUUCCCCGCUCUCCACACACUCCCCGACGACCACCUCCGGCACUCUGAACCCCAGCAGCUUGUCUGCCGUGCAGACCCCAAGGAAAGCAUCAUCUCGCCGGAACGCCUGGGGAAAUCUCUCCUACGCCGACCUGAUAACCAAAGCCAUUGAGAGCUCGCCAGAAAAGAGACUGACACUGUCCCAAAUUUAUGACUGGAUGGUGAGAUCCAUCCCCUACUUCAAAGACAAAGGCGACAGCAACAGCUCUGCAGGAUGGAAGAAUUCCAUCCGGCACAACUUAUCCCUCCACAGUCGUUUCAUUCGUGUCCAGAAUGAGGGAACAGGAAAAAGUUCCUGGUGGAUGAUCAAUCCAGAGGGAGGAAAGGGUGGCAAGGCUCCACGGCGCCGGGCAGUCUCCAUGGAUAACAGCAACAAGUACACCAAGUCCGCCCGUGGCCGUGCUGCCAAGAAAAAGGCUGCCCUGCAGGCUGCUGCUGCUGCAGCUGGUGAAGGUGGUGGAGACAGUCCUUCAGGUCUCUCUAAGUGGCCUGGAAGCCCAACGUCACGCAGCAGCGAGGAGCUGGAUGCCUGGACAGACUUCCGCUCUCGCACUAACUCCAAUGCCAGCACACUGAGUGGCCGCCUCUCACCUAUUCUGGCCAACCCUGAGCUAGAUGAGGUGCCUGAUGAUGAGCCACCUCUCUCACCUAUGCUUUACUCCAGUCCUGGCAGAACACUGUCUCCAGGGAAUGUCAAGACAAAUGGGAAGGCUGUGCCAACUGAGCUACCCCGUCUGGCAGACCUGGCAGGUACAAUGAAUCUGAAUGAUGGACUCACAGAUGACAUAAUGGAGGAGCUCCUGGAGAACAUCAGCAUGGUGCCAACCACUUCCAGCCAGACUGCACCAAAUGGUUCCUCAGGGUUCAGUUUUGGGUCUAAACCCAAUGGGAUAGCAUCACCUUCCUCCACUUCCUCUCCAUCCUCCAAUUCUUCUAAUGGAAGUACUAGCUACAGUAACUCCAUUUUUGGCCCUCACACAACGAGCUCCUCUCUGCGUUCGUCCCCCAUGCAGACCAUCCAGGAGAACAAGCAAACGUCCUUUACCAGCAUCAGCACGUCCCGCUUUGAUAGCCAGACACUACAAGACCUGCUCAACUCUGAUAGUCACAACCACAGUGAUGUCAUGAUGACCCAGUCCGACCCAUUGAUGUCACAGGCCAGUGCGGCUGCCGUCAUUCCCCAGAACUCCCGCCGUAGCCUAAUGCUCCGCAAUGAUCCCAUGAUGACCUUUGGGACCACUGGAGGACUUCAAAGCAACCAACAAGGGAUGCCGCGUAACAACCACAAUCAGAUUUCUCUGAGGUCUAUCAAUGGAGGCUUGAACCUAGUCAACGAGGCUAACACUCUGGCUAAUGCCAAACAGCAGCUCCUGCCCUCACCCCUGGGAGGAAAUGGGUCUUCCUCCAUGCAGAUUGACACCUCAAUCUUCCUGAAUGGGACAGUUGGCAGCAAUGGAGGGAACUAUCAGGAUCGUUUCCCCACAGAUCUGGACCUGGACAUAUUCAAUGGCAGCCUGGAGUGCGACAUGGACUCCAUCAUCAGGAACGACCUUAUGGAUGCAGAUGGCAUGGAUUUUAACUUUGACUCUCUUGCCAACAUGAAUGGCGUCAGCAACUUCACAAGCACCAAGCAGACCUCUCAGAGCUGGGUACCUGGCUGAGAAGAUCAGGUCUGACCUGUGUGGUGCAAGAGAAGAUCAGACACAGCAUCCUUUUUGCCAAACCUGCCAUCAGCACAAUGUAAAAUAACCAACCCUGUGUUUACAGAAGAAGACUUCCUCUUGAGAGCUUUACCUUCGCUCCCACACUGGUGAACCAUGAACUAUCCUGCAGACUCUAGAGAUGCUGCACAUGAGUCCUCAAAGCUUCUUGUGAAACAAGCUACAUCUAACAAUCACAACAAACUCACAAAUGUUAGAAUUAUGCAAUUUUUCUUUGACACCCAAUCUGCUGAUAUCAAAGGAACACUGCUUAUCAAAAGGGGUUUUCAGGUGGAAUACGAGGACUCAUUGUAGAGCAAAGAAUGGAAGGCGAGCACGGUGCAGUUGUUCAGACCCAAUGGUUUCAUGCGAUGUGUUGAAAAAGAAAUUCCCUCUGUUCGGAGUAAUUGUAAAUGUCCUGUGUUUAUUUUGUUUUUUUAUUUCCUGUUUUAUCAUAUUUGUUUCUUAAUCAUACAUGUCUGUAGAAAAUGAGUCAGUGUAUUGGUGAAAUGAAGAGACAGAAAUGGGAGUGUCUUACUCUGUGUGGCCACUUAUUCAGUCCAUCCAAAUACACAUAUAGACAAACUGACACUUUGCCCCAGAUUGCAAAAUCUGUUGAAAUUCCUCAAUUUAAUGCCAUGCACUUGCUGUUUUUCUUUUGUUUGUUUUUUAACACGUUGCAUGAAUUUAAAAUAACAGCAGCAUACUGAAGGUUGUAUUAGAAUUAGGCAAAUGCUACAGCUUAUGUUUUAUCCUUGUGUAUAUCAAACUCUUCAAAUAUGGGGAAAAAAGAAAAAGACUAGAGGAAGAAAAUUUCUGCCACAGAUUUUUGUACAGUGCAGGGCAGGGAAAAAUUCAAGAAGGAAAAGAUCUUGUGUAUCUUCUCUUAGCUUUCUUCUGGUGAAUUCUGUUGACAUCAUUUAUCACAGCAUACGAUGUAGCCAAAAUAAAAACCUGUGUCCUAGGGUUGUGAACAUUUCCACACCACAACAGGUGCUAUAUAAACAGUGUUGAAUCCUGUCCUGAGGGGAAGCUGUGCAUAUUAUUUGUCUUUUUUUUUCUUCUGUUUUUACCCAAAACCCGCAGAAGCCCAGCGCUGCAGCCACUUGUAGCACGAUAAGGUUGAGCAAGGGGAGCAGGGUUUUUCUUUUUUUAGGCUCAUUCCUCUAGAAGCCAUUUGUUUCCUGAUUAAAAUAAUAAGCUAUCUCUGUAUAUUGCCAAAUUACUUGAAACAAACAGUAGGAUAUGCUGGCAGCCAAAUCACAGCAGACACAUUUAUGCACACACGUAUAUUACACACAGAGAAAACAAAAAAAAAAAAACAAAAAAAACAAAAAAACAAUAGCAGGGAUCUGUGUUAAGCUCUGCUGGUUUCUUGUCAUGAGAUUGUGGGGCUCGUUAUGCAUAUACAGAAUCACUCAGGGGGUGAGAAAGGAAGGCUUUCCAUUUAAGAACUGUCAAGUCACAUUCAAGUAGUAUUUUAAUGUUUCUUGGAAAAAAAAAAACAUAUUUCUUUGUGUUUCUGAACUUGUAACCUGUGAACUUUUGGCCAUUGGGAUGAAGAAUUAGAAGGAUGAUAAAUGUCAGGAUUAUUACUUAACACAGUUUUGGUUUUGCUGUCAUAGCUUUUUUUUCCCUCUUGUUUGACUCUUCACACAUAAACACACAGACACACACAUACAAACCCUUGUGGACACGCCUGGUGCUCCUGCAGGUGACUUCCUGUAUCUCCUAAAUACAUGUUAAUGUGUGUAUGUGUUUAUCUAUGGAGUUUAUUUCAGUUGAAUUAAUCUCACGAGGAUGUGUAACUCCUCGCAGUGCAUACAGCACAGUUGACUGUAUGCAUGUAUGUAUUUAUGCAUUAUGAAUCGUGUGAAAUGCAUAUAUACUCGCUGUAUGUCCUUAUAUGCUCAUGUAGUACUUGACCCUUGGAGUUUGUGAUACCUCUGAAUUUGAAGAAAUAUUAAACGACGUUACGCGCCGGGUAAGGAGGGAACACUGUUACCAGCAAUUUUAAAUUGUUGAACCAGAUUUUGGAAAAUGGUGGAAGGCACCAUUGUUGUAGCAUCUGGAGACCCCUUCUCCAUUAGGGGCAGUGACAUGAAGUGUAUUGCCUGCUAUGUAUAUUAGUGUACAGAUUCAUGUAUAUCACUCUGAAGCCAAGGCAGAAAAGUGGGUGUGCAUGGUUGGCUAGAAUGGUCUGUUGUACUAACUGAGGUUUAGUGCAUGAGCUAGCUGUACCUUGCUCAAACUGAGAGGAACCUGGUGUUUUUAGUGCUAAAACACUCUGUUCCUUUAAAAAAAAAAAAAAAAAUUAGGACUGACAGAGGACCACUUGCACCAUCCUCCCACGUUAAUGGGUUUAUUAUUACAAACCCAUUACAGUGAUAUAGUAAAAACGUCAUCUGAUUAAAAGCUGGAAUUUCCAACACCUUGCUAUAUCUAAAAUUUCCAGAACACUAUCUGUCUUUUCUGUUGACAGGGAUACACCUGAGCCAUCAGCUGAACUGCUAAACAUUUGAAUUCAUCUACACUGUCUGUACUAAAAAUUACUUAUCCUGUGAAGACGACUGGCAAAGUGAAAUCCGGGGAACGCUAUCAUUGAAAAGACUUCUUAUUGAUCCCCGAAAUAUCAAAUCUCAAAGGCGUUCCUAACAUUAUGUGCACUCGGUGUAAAAAUGCAUUGGCUCGUUGGGCAGGUAGUUUACACGUAGUAGUAGCUGGGCAGGCCUUUCACACAACCACUGCUUCAUUCAGGCACAGAUGACCUCCCCUCAUGCUCGACACACAUGUGCAGCACAAAAUGUGCUGGUUUAAAGCUGAGAAAAGCAAAAAUAGACACAUACCACUAGAAACCUUAAUCACCUCUUGGACAUUUUCUUUAUAUUAUCUUCUUAUGAAAACUUUCAUCCUUGUUAAGAAGCCCAGGCCAGCUCCCUUCAUACACUCUCUGAACUUUUCCCUUUGAACUUUUGCCCUUUAUUAAUCUUGCUUCUUCUCAACUUGAUGUUAGUGGGUAUUUUUCCUGUGUAUUACAUUUUGAAUUGUAAUCUAGUUUGUAUAAGAAAUAGUGCGCAUGUAAAUAAAGCUUGGUGAGGCUCCACCCA